AUGAGCAAACCACAAAUUCUCCAAUUGGGAGAAAUCGACCACGCAAAGAAAGAAUGGGCUACCCUAUCCUCAAUCGGCGAGCUUAUUGAACCCAAAGCGCGUUCACGAGAAGAGUUUAUUGCAGAGUGUAAGAAAGGCGUCUUUGACAAGGUGGUGGUUGCGUACCGGACAUUCCAGAGCGUUGCGAUUACCGGGCUGGUGGACGAGGAGCUGGUAGCAGCGUUGCCGGAGAGCUUGAAGUUUAUUGCUCACAAUGGAGCUGGAUACGACCAAAUCGACGUUCACGCCUGCACCGCGAAGGGCAUCCGAGUCAGCAAUGUGCCAACAGCCGUCGACGAUGCUACAGCAGAUGUGAACAUGUUCCUCAUACUCGGAGCACUACGUGGAUUCAAUACCUCAAUGAUGGCUCUCCGCAAUGGCCACUGGAAAGGCUCCCCACCUCCACCUCUAGGCCACGAUCCCCAAGGAAAAGUCCUUGGAAUUCUAGGCAUGGGCGGCAUCGGCAGAAAUCUAAUGAAGAAAGCCGCGGCCUUUGGCAUGACAACCCAGUACUACAACCGCUCGCCAUUAUCCGAGGAGCUGAGUGGUGGCGCCAAGUAUGUUAGCUUUGAGGAGUUGUUGAAGACGAGUGACGUGCUGUCUCUUAAUCUACCUCUGAAUAAACAAACCCGCCACAUAAUCUCGACCAAAGAAUUCGAGAUCAUGAAACAGGGCGUUGUUAUCGUCAAUACAGCCCGAGGUGCCGUAAUGGACGAAGAAGCACUCGUGCGCGCCCUCGACAGUGGCAAAGUCUGGUCCUGUGGUCUCGACGUUUUUGAGGAGGAACCGAGAGUUCACCCCGGCUUGAUUGCGAAUCAGAAUGUGAUGUUGGUACCACAUAUGGGAACCUGGACAGUGGAGACGCAGACGAAGAUGGAGAUCUGGUGCAUUAAUAAUGUGAGGAGCGCAGUGGAGAAGGGAAAGUUGAUGAGUCCGGUGGCAGAGCAGAAGGACAUGAAAUGA